AUGAACCAAGGUAACCAAAAAUUCUCCAGUUCAUCCCAUUUUACAGGCGCACAUGACGUUUCACGGCAUGGAUUAUCAAUAGUACGCGUUGUGAAAUCUUCUCGUCUUAAUAAUGAAAAACUUGCAAACAAAACAAUAUCAACACGUGGUACAAAAAUUAACGGUGUUAUUCAUACGAGAAUUCGAUCUCCGAAAAAACUUCCACGUGCCGAUACUAUGACUGAUUUGCUUUCGUUCCCACUCAGUCGAACUGUUGCCUAUCCACAAACUCAAUCGUCCAUUGUUGGAAAGCCCAACAAACCACAAGCUACUGAUAAUACUGAAACGAUUCAACAUCAUCAACCUGGAUCAGCAAGUUCUUGGGAUACUGAUGAUUUUCAAUUAAACUCAUCAGUUGACAUCGUAUCUUCAGCAAGAUCUCCAAUUUUUCGAUCAACUAGAGUGCAUGACAAUCAGAAUAUCAACAUGAAUUCAGCAUUUGAGUUUGGAAAUUUUGAUACUAUAUCGACUCAAUCGAACGAAAGAAAUUCGAGAGACAAAUCCUACGGACUUUUAAAUGAUAUCAAAACCAUUGGUAAAAAGAAAAAACGGUUUUGUCCCAAGCUUUCAGGAAAGCUUGUAUGUACAAUUGCACUCCUUGCUCUUCUUAUUGCUGCACUUAUUGCUGGAAUUGUUGUUACUAUCGUAAUGACUUCGAAAGAUACAACAAAAAAAACAACUGUAACGACAACUUCACAAACAACAGUGACAACAACUUCAGCCACGACGACGACAACAACAACAACGACAACUUCAGUCACGACCACAACGGCAACAACAACAGCAACUACACGACCAGUCACAUGUCCAUCAGCUGUCUGGCAUCCAAAUGGAACUACAGUUGCCGGAUCAUCUAAUGGCAACCCUGGUUCAUCGGCAUCGUUAUUAAACGGAGCAUAUGAUGUUCGAGUUGAUUCAGCACUUAACGUGUAUGUGGCAGAUUACUCGAAUUAUCGUUUCAUGAAAUGGCCUCCAAACAGUACAAAUGGAACAGUAAUUGGUCCAAAACUUGGUGCAGGUUCAUCUGCAGAUACACAACAUUUGAACACAGCUACAACUCUAUGUUUUGACUCGACUGAAUCUAAUUUGUAUCUAUCAGAUACAUUCAACUGUCGUAUUUUAAAAUUGAAUAUAGCAUCAGGAAAUAUCACAGUUGUUAUCGGCUCAGGUUGCGGUAAUGCUUUGAAUCAAAUCGACUGGUGUGAUGGAUUAUAUAUCGAUCGAUUUGAUAAUAUUUAUGCUGCUGACUGGAUAAAUGAUCGUGUACUCAAAUUUCCUCCUAGCUCAAAUUUAUCGACACAUGGUGUUAUCGUAGCUGGAACCGGUGUUGCAGGAUCAGCUCUCAAUCAACUAAAUACACCUUGGAAUAUCUAUAUCGAUGAAUCUGAUAACGAUACAUUAUAUGUUUCAGAUUACGCCAAUCAUCGUGUGAUGAAAUGGCUUGCAAAUGCUACAAAUGGGACAAUUGUUGCAGGAGGAAAUGGUGCUGGAUUGUUGUACACACAAUUGACAAAUCCACAAGGUGUUUUUGUUGACUCAUUUGGAACAGUCUUUGUCGCUGAUUAUGGUAAUCAUAGGAUAAUGAAAUGGUUGAAAGGCGCAAAUAAUGGAACAUUAGUAGCAGGUGUAUCCGGAAGUGCAGGAAAUACAGCUAUGAAAUUAUAUGGUCCUUCUGGAAUUCAGUUUGAUAAAAAUGGGGAUUUAUACGUUUCUGAUUAUGGAAACAAUCGUAUUCAAAGAUUUACGAUUAAUAGCACUUCUUGUUGA